AUGAAGUUGAAAAAACUUAAAGCGGAUACAGAGGAACCGGCAGCGCCCGUACCUCCUCAAGCUGAGAUUAUUGAAGCUGAUUUGUAUAAACGCUCAUAUUUUGGACCUGACGUGCCAACUUUAGAACUGGAAUGUUGGGAAGAAGAACUGUCGGAGGCUCAAUUGAAGAAAUUUAAAAAUGCUGACGAUGAAUACAAAAGUAUUCAAAACAAGCUUGAUGUAAUAGUCAAGGACACAGGAGGAGAAAUUGUGUACAAUGGCGAUCAAUUCACAGCUUAUCAGUUGCUUGGAAAGCAGCCAGCACUAAAAGACUUAGAAAGGCAAAGCGCGGAAAUUAUUAGAUCUCGAUCCCGUUCUCUUUCUAUCUGUAAAGAAAGAGAUAAGGAAACCAAAAACAAAAGAGGACGCCCUAGAAAGAACCGUGAUGAAGACAGAGAUUAUUCACCAUCAUCUGAUAGAGCAAAAUCUCCAGAACUUAGUCACAAAAAGAAGAAGAAGGAUAAAAAUAAGAAGAAGGAGGAUAGGAAGAAGGAUGAAGAGAAGGAGACUAAGACAAAAGAUAAAACAUUAGCACCAUCAAAUGUGCAUAGUGUGGUGACUAAUGUGAGACCAUCUGAAGCAACAGCGGUGGGUGGUCUGCUUACUGGAAGUGCUACCAAGACAACUGCUAUUGUGGACCUGACUAAGGAUGAUAGCAAUAAGAAUGUGGCUGAUUCUCGAGAAGUGUCAUUCAAUAAACUGCAAGGCAAGACUUUCCCAUCCCUUGUGGUAGUAGCUCGCCCCUACCUUCGCUCCAAGGAGACUCCACCAUCAGUGGACCGUGCAGCUCUAGAUAGUAAAGUGAAGUCAGUACUUAUUCAUACACCAAUGAAGUUUACCGAGUGGCUCAUACAGCAAGGAUUGGUCAGGUCGGAGCAAUGGUGUGCUAUACAUGCUGGAAAUAAACUAAAAUUGGGCAUGUAUUCCGACGUAUCGAAGUUCCCCUAUUCCGGUGGCUAUGUAUGGAUAUCCGAAUGCUGUCCGACGCGUUUCGUCUCAGUGUUCUCUAGCUCUAUAUUCGAAGGCGCCACCUUCCCACCCAGUGUGCUUCUCAAACUGAUAUACCAUUGGGCGUGCCAAACUAACGUUCAAAAUGUCGUACAAUGGGUCAAAGUCGACAACCUAUAUGUAAAGGGAUUGUUCACUUGGCUAAGAGCUAUAUGUACAUCUGCUAUACAUCAUCAUAUGGGUUUGUUGGGCGGUCAAGGGAGAAAAGUGGAAGUUGGUGUCAUAUCCCUCGGAACGACCAGUCAUGAUGGCACACAGAGACAGGUGAAGGUGGAAGUAUUGGGUGUUUUGGAUCCGGCCGAGAAAUUGAUCCGUCUCCGAGCAGUGGAGCCAUUAGCAGAGUAUGAAAAGAACUACAAAAAGCGUUUCCAGAAAAUUCUGGAACCCCUCUCAAAUUGGGUUCACCCUUCAUCUACAAUUGUGACCGAUUUGACAGUAGAUAAAGGAACCCUAGUCUCUAUGGGCUUUAAAACAGUUCACCAAUCUUCAUCCCAUUCGGAACAACCAACAAAGCACAGCAAUGCGAAUAUAAUGGAAUAUCUCAGGCGUAUAGUGCCGAGAAUGUUCCAGAACACACUGUCAUUGCUUUCGAGGCAGAUAAUACAGCAGUUCCUUGAUGAAUUGGUGUGGAGAGAGAAGUUUGGCGUAUCUCCCGGACAGGCAUUCGACAACAUCGUCCUGCAUAUCGCGGAGCAGACCAAACUGGACGCCAAAGACCCCAUAACCAUUCGCCUUAACAAAAUCGCUGCUAAUCCAUUCAAAAACUGGAAAUAUCCUACUAAGAAAAAGGAGCGGGUAGAAGAACCAGAGCCCGAGCCGCGAAGCAAGCGCGGAAGGAAAAAGAAAGAGCCGUCGCCCGCGCCGCCGCCCAAGAAGAGAAAGAAGGAAAAGACUUCGUACGUCGAAGAUGAUGAUGAGGAGGAGGUGCCGCUAGCGCUGCGUCGUACAAAGAUCAAGCAAGAGAAGUCUAAGGAGAAGGAAGAAACGCCUCGCAGUCGCCGCAAGGUGGCGCGCUCGUACGUCGACGACGACCUCGAUGAUAUACCAUUGAAGAACAUCAAAAAGGAGAUCAAACCGGAGGAAACUGUGUCCUUGGAGAGGUUCUACUUCGGUCAGACCAUUGAAGGAGAGCCGGAUAAUGUGGCUAUUGCUGUGGAGUGUCCACUCUGCCACGAAGAGUUCAACGAGAGCCAGUUGCUGAGCGAGCACAUCUCCGCGCACGUGGUGCCGGCGCCGGCGGGCCCGCAGUGCCCGUGCUGCCUGCAGCGCUUCCUCUCCCAAGAGGACCUGGACCAGCACCUCCAGAGCUCCCACCCGGUGGACACCAAGAGCCCCGGUCUGUUCACUUAUGCGUGUCUCAUUUGUGAGGUGCGGUUCGCGGCGGUGCUGACGCUGGCGGCGCACAUGCAGAAGGCGCACGCGCCGCGCGAGCUGCCCUACGCGUGCGGCGCCUGCGCCUACCGCGCCUCCGCGCGCCGCGCCGCGCGCGCCCACGCCGCGCGCGCGCACCGCCGCGCCGCCGCGCUGCACUGCCCCCACUGCCUCAAGGUGAUCCCAGUGUACGCGGACGGGCACGAGCUGAGCGCCAACGUGCUGCUGUACGUCGACCACCUGCGCCAGCACCGCGACAAGGAGCUGGAGGUGCGCUGCAGCAGAUGCGUGCUCCGGUUCGUGCACCUCGGCCAACUCAAAGAACAUCAAAUACGCGAUCACAAUAGUAGAGAUGACAUAAUUCCGCUAUGUUCUGAGGAGCAUUUGAUUAAUCAGCCCAAGAAAAAAGCUCGUCCGCCAGUGAAGGACUGCGCGAGCCACGCGGUGAGCGAGACGUACGAGGCCACGACGCUGGUGCUGCCCGACGGCGCGCUGUGCCGCGAGUGCGACACGCCGCUCGACAGCGCGCAGCACUUCCUCGGCCGCACGGCGUGCAGCAAGUGCCCGUACGCGACGUCGUGCUACCGCGCCAUGCUGCGCCACAGCGGGCUCUGCGCCGGCGCGCACUCGCUCGAGACGGCGCCGCGCCGCGCGCCGCGCCGCCUUCACUGCGUCUGCUCCUACUCCACUGACAUCGGCACGGACAUGCUGUCGCACCUGCUGUUGACGCACCACUCCAGCGCGUACGAGUCGGAGGAGGAGGCGCGCGCCAACGCCGUGCGCGACGACGCCGCGCCCGCGCCCGCGCCCGACCCCGCGCCCGCGCCCGACCCCGGCGACACUCCUAUGGAGAGCAUGCCGGCGAUGGCGGACUAUGCGCCGCCCUCCGUCAUCAACACGCAGCUGUCGCUGGACGACCUGGCCCCGCCCUCCGUGCUGCAGCCUGAUCAGCAUGAUCAGGAGCUUCUAAAAGACGCGUACGACCGCCCGCUGGCGACGCCGCGGCACGAGGAGCCGCACUACAGCCUCGGGGACUUCGAGCCUUUGCCUCAGGAGCCGCCCCCGCAACCCGACUUUGAACAACUA